CACUAUCACUACCACCGAUUUUGUUCUCAAAAUGUGCGUUCCCGAGUUCAACAACGGCGGCCCUCGCCCACCACAACCCUCAAUUGACCCAAAAGACCACGCAACAUACAUGCGACUUGCACUAGACCAAGCCCAAGAAUCACCACCAAAGCCUUCCAACUUUCGUGUCGGAGCUUUACUUGUUGAUGAAACCACCGGUUCCAUUCUGGCUCGCGGGUAUACGUUAGAACUCGAAGGAAACACCCAUGCUGAGCAAUGCUGUCUGAUCAAGCUAGCUCAGGCACAUGACAUUGCCGAAGAUCGUGUGGGCGAACUGUUGGCGGGUGACGUUGUUUUAUAUACCACUAUGGAGCCAUGUAAUCUACGAUUAAGCGGAAAUUUGCCAUGUGUCGAUCGGAUUAUCAGGACGAGGGGUGAGGGCGGGAAAGGCGGGAUUAGGAAGGUGUAUAUUGGAGUGCAAGAGCCGGAGAAAUUUGUUGGCGAGAAUAAGGGAAGAGCGAAGUUGGAAGAGCAUGGGAUUGAAGUCGUUCAUGUGGCUGGAUUUGAGGAGGAUAUUUUGAGAGUAGCGACGGCUGGGCAUGGGAGGUAGACCACCUGGAUGACUUGCUCCAUUUCUACGGCUUUCUUGAGAGAUACUGUGGAUAAUGUUGGCAACAUUAUAAAGUAUAAGUCCUUAGUCCCAAACCCGUAGCGCCAGGAGUCCCUCGGAACAUCGAAUUCCUCUAGAUCCAACCUGCACAUCUCGAUUUCCCAUAUCAUAUGGCGCUCCUGUAGCUAGGCUCUUAGCGCGCUCUACAUUCCAUUGCGUCAUGACUUUAGCUAGCUAGCG